AUGCGAUGGCUUCUUGGUAUGAUAAGAGUUGCCUGCUGGGGAGGCCAGAGUUCUGACGGAUUGAGUUGGGCGGUGUAUUCUGCCGUUUUGUGGAGGCGAAAGUCACUUGGAGCUUCAGAGCUUCGAUAUCCGCAAAAGGUCACAUCUCGAGACGAAAAGACAGCAAUAGGACUUCCUCGACCGCCUUUCUCUGCUCGAAUUGACUAUUGGUCACCAACUUGCAUACCUCCGCAAAUCAACCACAAACACAACCCCUCCCCUCCCAAUUCAAUCCAGCAUAACAAUACCCAUAUCGUCCUCGAAAUGGGCCUCUUCACCUCCUCCACCCCCUCCCUCCCCCCACCUAAACUCGCCCCCGACGGCACCCCCAUCGCGCCGGACCGCACGCAGCGCGCGAAAUGCUGGGAGGCGCGCGACGCCUACUUCAGCUGCCUCGACAAGAACAACAUCAUCGACAGCUUGGGCGCCGACAAGUCGAAAGCGGAUAAGGCGUGUGCGGUUGAGGGGCGAGGGUUUGAGGGAAACUGCGCGAGCAGUUGGGUGACGUAUUUUAAGAAGAGGAGGGUGAUGGAGUGGCAGAGGGAGAAGACGCUGGAGAAGUUGACGACGGAGGGGGCGGUCAAGAUGCCGGGGGAGUUGGCGCCGCCGAAGGCGCCGGGGAGGAAUUGAGAGGUUUGGAGAUUAGAGCAGAAGGUAUGUUUGGGA